CACCAAUUCUCAUCCUCAAGUCCCAAAACAAAACCCUAGAACUCUUCGCCGCUUUCAACCUAAUAAUCAAAACAAACAAUGUCUAAGCCAGACAAUAUUACGUUAGUAAGCUCCGACGGCGAGUCUUUCGAGGUGGAAGAAGCGGUGGCGCGUGAGUUCGAGAUCGUAGCGCACAUGCUCGAAGAUGGCUGCACUGGUAGCAAUAUCCCGAUCGCAACCGUCGACGGUAAGAUCCUCUCCAAAGUGAUCACGUAUUGCAAGAAACACGUCGAAGUUGGUAAUGUCGAAGGAAACGAGGACGCUAAGAAGGCGCUCGAGGAGUUCGACAAAAAAGUUGUUGAUGAGGAGAGGGAAACGCUCUUUGCACUCAUCCUCGCAGCUAACUAUCUCAACGUCAAAGGCCUUAUUGACAUUGCUUGCCAGAAGGUUGCAGAUAGCAUCAAAGACAAGCAACCAGAGGAGGUUCGCGAGAUUUUUAACAUCGAGAAUGAUUUCACACCUGAGGAAGAAGCAGAGGUUCGCAAGGAGAACGAGUGGGCUUUUCACUAAUAUUUUUUUUCUAGUUUUUCUGAAUUUUGGUGUUCUUUGUUUUUUUAAUGACUUGGCUUGUCCCUUUUCUUUUACAUUCGUGAAGGAACUUUUUAAAAAAAAGUUUUUCCUCAAGUUUACCUUAUGAGUUAUUCGUUUAUUUAGUUUGAUGAGUUUUUGUUCCGUCUAGUU